CAGCCAUUACAAAACGCCGCUCUAUCUUUAAAAGAAGUUUUAAAUCAACUUUCGAUUAGCCACGAUGAUGGAGUGAUAAACGUUGAGGAACCUCUCCAGUACGAUUUAAACAGGUCCGAUGAUGUUGAUCAUCUGUACAAUUCUUAUCCUGGUUUUGACUUCGAUGAUUUGGAAGACGACGAAUGCCUUUCAGAGUUUUGCUUCUACAAGAAUGACUUACCAUUUCAUUUGGGGAUUCCUGAGGUAGUGGAGUGCUAUCAAAGAAGUAUCUGUAGCGGAUUGGAGGCUCUUUACAUUUUUCUAAAGAGACAUAGCUAUCCUUGUCGAUAUUCAGACAUGAUAGCUCGCUUUGGUAAGCCUGUUCCAGUGUUAUGCAUGAUAAACAACUAUAUGAUCGACUACAUCUACCAGGCACACAGUCACAGAAUUUUGCAGUGGAAUGAUAGCAUCCUCAACCCUCAUUCACUGGAAAUAUACAGUAAUGCCAUUACAGCUAAAGGAUCCCCCUUGGAUAACUGUUUUGUCUUUAUUGAUGGGAUAGUUAGACCAAUAAGCAAGCCUGGGUCAAAUCAGCGCGUUGUCUACAAUGGUCACAAAAGAGUUCACAAUGUAAAAUUCCAAUCCGUGGCAUAUUCAAAUGGAAUUAUUGGAAAUAUGUAUGCUGAUCUC